AUGAUCCGCAAAGAAGUCUAUCAACUUCAUCCGUACGGCUGGCAGACCGGCCCGGAAGAAGAACGGUUCAAGGUAUCAACCCUCGACUACCUGUCUGCUUCCUGCUUCACACACUUUGCCGUAUACUUCCGUCUAGAGGAAGAAGCUAAACCGAAGGCGGCAGCUGUACUCAAGGAAGGACUUGAACGUACGCUCGCCCAGAUCGGACAGCUCUGCGGCACCAUCGAAAAGGAUCCGGAGGGAGGCCACUCUUUUGUCAAGAAGCGAGAUAGCACAAUACAGCUUAUCGUGCAAUGGCUCGAUGCACCCGAGGAUGCAGAUCGCUUCCCCUCAAUGGCGGAUAUCGAACAGUCAAGCUUUGCCUGCCUCACGCUCGGUGACUUCAAAUACUGGGGCCUCGAAUCAAUGACAUACGGCGAGCGACCCGAAGCGCACCCGGACGCCUCUCCCGUCGUCUCGGCCUUUAUGGCCAACUUCGUCCGCGGCGGCCUCGUUCUCAUCACCCAUAUGCACCAUUACGCCAACGACGUGAUGGGCUGGACGGGGUUCAUCCACCAGCUGGCUGAAAACUGCUACGCCAUUACUCACAAGACGCCAUUCCCAACCUGGGAUCCAGCCUGCAAUGACCUCUCCAUCGUCUCAAAGCCUGAUCCUCCACCAGAGCAGCAGAUCGACGGACCCCCCGAGCCGCAACUCCAUCCAGAGCAGAAACCAGGCCAGUGCCUCCUCUUCCACCUGCCAAAGAGCAAAGCCGCGGAACUCAAAAAACUUGCGACCCCACAAGACGGCACCUGGAUCUCGACCUACGACGCCUUUGCCGCGUUCAUCUGGCGCACCACGACCCGUCUCCGCCAGCCCGUCUUCCAGAAGCCCCUCGACAGCCCCAUCUUCUGGUGCGAAGCCAUCGACAUGCGCCGCCGGAUGAAGAACCCCCCCGUGCACCCGCGUAUCCAGCACAACGUUCUCUGGGCGGCGUUGUCAGAUCAAGCGCCCUUCCCGCCGCUCACGCACGGCGAUGUCAUAUCAGAUAAGCCACUGUGGGAGCUGGCGGCGUAUAUUCGCCGGCUGACCAACACUCAAUCGCAGGAGAGUCUCGACGUGGCGCUGACGGCCGUCUCGUUUGUCCGGGACAAGGCGGCUCUGAAUAUCCGCAUCAACUCAAAACCGCCCAUGUCGAUUUUAACGACUGACCACCGGGCGGCGAAUGUCACCGAUGCGGACUUUGGGUUUGCGCGGCCGCUGUGCUAUCGGCAUCUGCAGCGCGGGGUGGGUGUCACGGUUGGUGUGCAUGUGGUGUAUCCGCCUAGAUUGGACGAGAGUUCGGACUCCGAUGAAGGGAAUAUGCUUGCGCUUAUGUAUGAGAAAGAGCUGGCAAGGGAUUUGAUUGAGGAUGAGGAGUUUGCCCGAUACUUUGAGUUCAGGGGUGUUGAUAGCGAGUAG